AUGUCAAAGCAAGUGGUGAACUUCCCUCACGAUCUGAUUAAGGACAUAGAUUGUAGCAAAGAAACGUGGUGUAUCAUUGUUAGAAUGCUAAGGAAGUGGACAGUAGCUAAGAAGUCCCCACCUUUUGAUGUUUGGAAAGUUAGUAUGAUUUUAUCCGACGAAAAGGGUGAUAGGAUUAAAGCUUCGGUUGCUCGUAAAGGACAUAUACAAAGAUAUGUCAAAGAUUUAGUAGAUGGUGGGGUUUAUCAAUUUAAGAACUUUGAAAUUGUGGAUAAUGAUGAUCCUUGCAAAAUUAUGUUCCAUGCAAUGAUAUUUUUUCAAGAGCAUGAUUCGCCAAUCCCCCUGUAUGCAUUUAACUUUGUUCCAAUCAAGGACAUUGCCAACAACAAUGCCAAAAACAAUGAAUUAGUUGAUAUUAUUGGAUUUUUGCAAGCAUUUGGGAACUUGGUUGAUCAUAAAAAUGAGUCUAGAACAACGAAGAAAUUGGCUCUCACCAUUGCUGAUCAAAAGUAA